AUGGCAUCUGCAGUGGUAGAUCAUCCGUACUAUCCGCUCGACAUCGCCGUCCCUAACUACUCCCCCUCGGGAUGGUCCGUCGAAGCGCUCUUCGGAGUCUUCGGAGCGGCUGUGGUUCUCGUGAUCGCCGUCUCGUGGCUAUUCACCCGAUCUUGCCGCCACAUGUCAGCUCUGGAUAGAGCCAUCUUCUGCUGGUGGGCCGUGACGGGGUCGAUUCACCUGGUGCUGGAGGCCACGUUCGUUGCGUUCCCGGACCUCAUGAGCAGCACCAGCAACGCCUUCCUUCUUGAUGCGUGGAAGGAGUACAGUAAAGCCGAUUCACGUUAUGCCACUCGAGACGGCUGUGUGCUCUCCGUUGAGGCGGUCACUGCUUUCAUUGAAGGGCCCGCCUGCUUCCUCAUAUUGUACGCCGUGGUAGCCCGUAAGCCCUUCUCUCCGCUUCUCCAGUUCGCCGUCUCCCUCGGCCAGCUGUACGGCGACGUCAUCUACUUCGCGACGAGCUUCCUGGAAGGUUCCAAGCACUGCCACCCGGCCCCGAUCUACUUCUGGGUCGCCCCUGCUCUGCGCGUUCCUGAAGAAGCACGGCAACCCGGAGCACCGCGAAGUCACCGUCAACGGUGUGGACCAGAACGGAGACGCUGCAGAGCACAAGUUCGUGCUUCACGAGCGCAAGUUCCCAGGCCAUACGACUGGCGGGGACUACUACUCCUGCAAGGCGGUGUGCCAGGAGUUUGCGAGGGUCUGCGUUGCCCGACUGGAGUUCCGCCUGGAAGACCUCAAGGACCUGGCCGGCUCCAAGCUUUUCCGGCCGUCAUGCUAUCCCGACAACAACGAGGAGCGGAUGAAGAAGUGCCGCGAGUGGUUGCGCAUGCUUGA